AUGAGCCCGCCGGUAUUGGCAUUGCCAGAAUACUUGGCGCUCAAGAGCAAGUCCAACGGCAAGUACCUGCGCUACGUUCGUGACGAUCCCAAUGCACGCGCCGUGCUCCAGUUCUCCGGCGACGAACUCGUGAGCACUUCCGUCAAGUUCCAAUCAAACGCAGUCUCCCUCCCCGUGGACGACGGAAGGCCAACGACGGCGUACCAUCUGAGGUGCUGCUACAACAACAAGUACUGGCAGAAAGCCGGCCAAGCCGAGAGCUACAUUUCCGCAGGUGAGACUCCGGACGAGGACACGUCCAAAUGGUCAUGCACGCUCUUCAAGCCCGAGUUCGACCACCACCAGGGUACCGUCCGACUGGUGCACGUCCAGUCGGGCGGUUACCUUGGUCGCGGUAAUUCACAACCUCCUCCUGCUGCUACUGGUCCCGACUGUUUGGUAGUCGGGCUGCCAGCAGCAGCAGCAGAAGUCUGCGAGGUGGUGAAUUACUCGGAGGCGGUGGUGAUGCUGCCUAAGCUCGUGGCGUUCAAGGGAGACAACGGCAAGUACCUCAAGGCUGUCAGCAUUGACCCCGUUGUAAACACGCGGUUCCCAAUCUAUAAUCUCCCUACUUUCAGGGCAAUCCAGUUCUCGGGCAACGAGAUCUACGACCGGUCCGUGGCCCACGAGGUGGUUAUGAACCCGGUGGAUGGUACCGUUCGCAUCAAAUCCGUUUCACACGACGGUACCGGAGGAGGAAGGUUCUGGAGGCGGAACGAGGUAGAGGGGAACUGGAUCUUCUGGGAUUCCAGGGACCCCACGUUUAAAAACAAGGACACGGUGUUCAGGGUGCACCGGUUGCACCCCUCGGAGCCGCAGUAUGGUCUCACAAACUGCGGCUCCGACCUGCCCUGCAAGCGAUACAACGGCUCCACGUUCCAACAGUGCCUCCGAGCGUCAGGCACGGACGUGGAGCCGUAUAACAAACUCUGGGUGGAAGAGCCCGUCCUCUGGAGGCGCAUGUACGACGGUGAUUUCCGUACGGAGGACGCCAGGUUCUACCCGCUGGAGCCACCAAAAGUCGACACGGAAAUCUACAGAAACGAGACCCCAAAUCCAUCGAAAGUGGGGAGGAAGUUUGGGAAGACAGUGAGCCACACAACUUCUUGGACCAACUCUUACGGUUGGAAGGUAGGCGGCAAAGUCGAGAUCACCACGGACUUCAAAGGGAUUCCGUUCCUCAAGGAAGGAAAGCUCGAAAUCUCGAGCGAAUACUCUGAAGAAAAAACCGAAGGAGCAUCCGAGGAACGGGGCGAGAGCUCGGAGAUUGCGAGCGAGGUCACUGUUUCUCCUAUGAAACAGCUGAGAAUUACCACGACCAAGACCAAGACCGCGUGUGACGUCCCUUUCGAUUACUCGUACACCGAGAAGCUUUACGAUGGCACCGCCACGGACUAUCGAGUCCAGGAUGGCCUCUUUACUACCACCACGACCGUGGUCGAGGUUGCAAGUAAAGAAGAAGAUCUGCAGCAGGAUUAA